CUUUCUUUCAUCCUCAAUUUAACUGAAAAAUGUUCAAACAAUGUUAUCAAAGUUUGGUCUUUCAAAAUGAAAGAUAAGUUGUGACAGAAAGGCCGAAACUUUGAGGUCACAUUUUGUGUUUCGUGAACUUUUCUUUCCUUGACCUUUGUUGAGCAGAGAGGUGCAAUUAAAUUUGUAAACAGUAAUUAAUUUAUUUUUUUUCACAAAAAAUCAAAUGGUUUUUAUUUUUGCUCCCCCCUCCCAGCCCUAUUCCUGACUAGGCUGUAUCUGUGAAAGCUGUAGAGAGAGAGAAAAAGAGAGAGAGAAAGAGAGAGAGGGGGGGGAGGUGGAGAGAGAGGAGGUGCAUAAGCCGGUGGAGGUGGAAAUAUGCAGCAACUCUGAACAAUCUCUCAAAGUGCGGGGACAGACGGGAGCUAAUAUAAACAGGCUGCCCUUCACUCGGGGCUAUCAGGGGGUAAGGAAUCAGUUACCUCUGUCACUGACCCCCGGCGCUUCAAAGAGGCAGCUCCGGCCCAUGUAGAGCGGCCAGCGGUCAUGGCCACGCUGGAGGGCUGUCGCUGUCGGAGUGCCAGCGCCCGAAACAACAGCAGCAUUCUCUACAGCAUUCUGAAGAGCGAUAGCCUUGUGACCGCCGAGGAGCCACAACAACACCAACAGCAGCAUUCCCAACAUCAAACCCUGCAGCAUCUACUCCUCAAGGGCUCCUCCUCCUCUUCCUCUUCCUCCUCCGGGCCGGGUUCGCUGCAGGAGCUCCGGCAGCAGGCAUGCUCCUGCGGAUCCACACGCCGCCGGGGCGUGCUGCGCUCCCCGCAGGUGACGUGCAAAGCCGCGUCGGCGGUGCUGGUGAAGACGCUGCGUUUUGUGAAAAACGUCCCCUGCUUCCGCGAGUUGCCGGAGGACGACCAGCUGAUGCUGAUUCGGAGCGGCUGGGCCCCGCUGCUGGUGCUGGGGCUUGCGCAGGAUCGGGUGGACUUUGAGACGACGGAGACCGUGGAGCCCAGCAUGCUGCAGCGCAUCCUCACAGGUGUGCCGGACCGGCAGAGCGAGAUCCUGGCCGGUCAGACCAGGGUGGCAGUCGGGGUGUCCGUGGUGGACAUCGAGGCGAUCAAAGCCUUCCUGAAGAAGUGCUGGAGCGUGGAUAUCAGCACGAAGGAGUACGCGUAUCUCAAGGGAGCUGUGCUCUUUAAUCCAGAUCUGGAAGGUCUGCGCUGCCUCCACUACAUCCAGGCGCUGCGCCGGGAGGCGCACCAGGCUCUCAACGAGCACGUCCGGAUGAUCCACCGCGACGACUCGAUGCGCUUUGCCAAGCUGCUCAUCGCCCUGUCCAUGCUGCGGGCCAUCAGCCCGCUGGUGGUGGCACAGCUCUUCUUCAGACCCGUAAUCGGGGCGGUGAACAUCGAGGAGGUUCUCAUGGAGAUGUUCUACGGAAAGUAGGUCACAGAACAAGGAUGAAUCCAGACUAAAAAAAAAAAGAAAAAAAGAGAUGCUCUGAACUUGUAUUGUGUGGUUGGUGAAGCAGAUAUGGACUGGUAACAAUGCAUAACAACUGAAGGACUGUGAUAACUGACCUGUGUCAAGUAAGAACACGUGUGUGUGUGUCUAUGUGUGUGUGUGUGCAUGUGAGAAUGAUAGCGACAGAGAAUGUUGAUGCGGAGAAAUGUCAUUACAAAGGAAACUUAAAGCAGCUGCUGGAAUUAAUAACUUAUUUGUUUUUAUAUAUAAAAAACUAUUUUUCUAAAAUAAUAAUAAAAAACAUUACCACAUUACCUUGUGUGUGUG